CGAGACCUGGCUGCGGAAGUGCGGCGGGUCCGCAGACCAGAGCGCAGGAGUCGGCCGGCGUGGGUAUGUGUCGUGGGUGAGCCCGGCUCCGGUGGCGGUGCAGCGAGCGAGGAUGCGCCGGCGGGGCGCGGCGGACUGGCUGGCGCUGGGGCUGGCGCUGGUGCUGGCGGCGCCGGCGCUGGCCUGCCCCAAGGAUUGCCAGUGCACCUCGUCCAUCGUGGACUGUUCGCACCGCGGACUGACGCGCGUGCCCUUCAACAUACCGCGCAACACGCACAAAGUGGAGCUUCAGGACAACAAUCUGACGGUGAUCAGGCAGGCCGACUUCAGGGACCUGCGACAGCUGCGGGCGCUAAAUCUGGCGCACAACGACAUCCACCUGAUAGAGGACUCGUCGUUCGCCGACGCAACGCGACUGGAGAAGCUGCGUCUUCACAACAACCACAUACGUCACCUUCCAGAGGAGCUCCUGUCCAGCAUGGGAAACCUGCAAAAACUAGACCUGAGCCACAACCUGAUAAGGAGCAUACCUUCUGGAACAUUCGCAAAACUAGCGAAACUCCAAGAAAUAAAUCUCGAGAAUAACCAGCUGCGCUGCAUCAGCGCGGACGCGACCGACUCCAGCAACCAGCUGGAGAUUCUACGGCUGGGCGGCAACCGGCUGCAGCACCUGUCCGCUCAGCUGCUGCGGCACAGCCCCCGUCUGCGCGCUCUCACGCUCGAGGGCAACCCGCUGGUGUGCGACUGUCACCUGACGUGGCUGGCUCGGCUGGCGCGCGGCGGCCUCCUCGACCCGGGCGCCGUCUGCCACGCCCCCUACCGGCUGGUGGGCCGCGGCCUGGGCGCCCUCUCCACCGAACAGCUCAAGUGCGACGCUGACUCUCGGCCCCCGGACAACCAGUGCGAGCCGGAGGACCUGUGUCCGGACGUGUGCACCUGCGCGCAGGGCUCCGUUGACUGCCGGGACAAGGGUCUGGAGACCAUCCCCAAACACAUCCCGCUCGACACGGUGGAGCUCCGUCUGGAGCAGAACAAGAUCUCGGAGAUCCCGACGCGCGCGUUCAGCGCCUACCGCCGCAUCAAGCGCAUAGACCUCAGCCACAAUCAGAUUGUGAAGAUUGCGGCGGAUGCGUUCCAGGACUUGACCGAGCUCAACUCACUCGUCAUCUACGGCAACGGCAUCACCAGCCUGCCCAACGGCAUCUUCCACGGGCUCGUCUCGCUCCAGCUGCUGCUGCUGAACGCAAACAAGAUAUCCUGCAUUCAGAAGGACGCCUUCCGUGAUUUAAACAGCUUGACGUUGCUGUCGCUGUUCGACAACAACAUUCAGACAUUAACUAACGGAACAUUUGCACCACUGGGAAACGUCCAAACGCUCCACCUGGGGCGAAACCCGUUUAUAUGCGACUGCGAGCUGCAGUGGCUGUCGCAGUACCUGGACGUGCGACCGAUCGAGACGAGCGGCGCCCGCUGCGAGGAGCCGCCCGCUCUGCAGAGGCGUAAGCUGAGCGCCCUGCUGCAGCACCAGCGCCAGCUCCAGUGUGCAACGGGACCCCGCCAGUCUCGUGCGGACCAGUGCCUGGCAGAGACCGAGUGUCCCGCCUCCUGCCGCUGCACCGGCACCAUGGUGGACUGCAGCGGUCGCAGACUGACGGCCAUACCGGACACUCUGCCGCGCGCCACCACCGAACUGAUCCUCCGCAACAACGCCAUCACGCGGGUGCCGGCGCGCCUGUUCCCGCGCCUGCUGAAGCUGCGGAAGCUCGACCUCAGCGACAACAGCAUCGUCGAGAUCGACGACGACGCCUUCGGCGGCGCCGGGCGGCUGCAGGAGAUUAUUCUGACCAACAACGACAUCCAGCACGUCCACGACGGCAUGUUCCGCGGCCUCCGCUCGCUGACCUCGCUCUCGCUGUACAACAACAAGAUCACAUGCGUCAUGCCAGGCAGCUUCUCCGAUCUGAAGAAUCUGAAGACGCUCAAUCUAAUGUCGAAUCCGUUCAACUGCAACUGCCACCUGGCGUGGUUCUCUGAUUGGCUGAGGUCAACUGACGGCAGCAUGGGCAGCCCACGCUGUCACCGCCCCUCCCGGCUGCAAGACACGCCCAUCGACGAGAUCUCUGUGCACGAAUUCACCUGCACGAGCGACAACAGCGCCGGCUGCCUGCGGUCCGGCUACUGCCCGGCCAACUGCAGCUGCACCGGCACCGUGGUGCGCUGCAGCCGCACCAAGCUGACCGAGGUGCCCGAGGGCAUUCCCAGUCUCACCACCGAGCUGUACCUGGACGUCAACCAGCUGCGGUCGGUGAACGCCAGCCGGCUGUCGCAUCUGCACGACCUGACGCGACUGGACCUGAGCAACAACCAGAUCACCGUACUCAGUAACAACACGUUCAGCGACCUGCGCAAGCUCUCCACGCUCAUCGUCAGCUACAACAAGCUGCAGUGCGUGCAGCGGUCGGCGCUGGCCGGCCUCUCGGCACUGCGCAUCCUUAGCCUCCACGGCAACGACGUCUCGCAGCUGCCGGACGGCGUGUUCACCGACCUGCACGGCAUCACGCACAUCGCGCUCGGCUCCAACCCGCUCUACUGCGACUGCGGCCUGCGCUGGCUCUCCGACUGGGUCAAGGGCGACUACGUGGAGCCGGGCAUCGCGCGCUGCGCCGAGCCCCGCCAGCUGCGCGAUAAGCUCGUGCUCACCACACCCUCCGACAAGUUUAACUGCCACGGUCCGAUUCGACGUGAGAUCUUGGCCAAGUGCGACGUCUGCUACACGGACCCGUGCGAGAACGGCGCCACGUGCACACCACGUGCUGAGCAGCAGUACACGUGCACGUGCGCGGCCGGCUUCUACGGCGAGAAGUGCCAGUCCAAGAUUGAUGCGUGCUACGGCAACCCAUGCGACAACGGUGGCACGUGCAAGGUGGUGCAGCAGGGGCGUUUCACGUGCCACUGCCGCGCUGGCUUCGGCGGAGACCGCUGUCAGACAAACAUUGACGACUGCAGAGACCACCUCUGCGUGAACAACGCCACCUGCGAGGACGGCAUCAACGAGUACCACUGCCGGUGUCUGGCCGGAUUCGGCGGCGAGCGCUGUGAGAAGAAGAUCAAGUUUUGCAGCAAGAGCUUUAACCCGUGCAAGAACGGUGCCACGUGCACCGAUCACGGCACCCACUAUUCCUGCGCUUGCGCUGUGGGCUUCGAAGGCCACAAUUGCACCGAAAACAUCGACGACUGCACCGACCAUCUGUGCCAGAACGGCGCCGCCUGCGUGGACGGCGUCAACGGCUACUCCUGCAAGUGCUCCGGCGACUUCUCCGGCAAGUUCUGCGAGUCGGGCCCCAUGGUGGCGCUCAACUACCCCCAGACGUCGCCUUGCCAGCAGCAUGACUGCAAGCACGGCGUUUGCUUCCAGCCCCGCGACUCCAAGGACUACGUCUGCCAGUGCUACCCGGGCUACUCUGGCAAGCACUGCGAGCGCCUGAGCAGUCUGCGCUUCACGCACAAUGACUCGUACCUGGAGCUGGCGCCGCUGAAGACGCUGCCGAAGACCAACAUCACGCUGGUGGUGGCGACGGAGACGCAGAGCGGGGUGUUGCUGUACUACGGCCGCUCACAGCACCUGGCGGUCGAGCUCUUCAAGGGCCGCCUGCGCAUCAGCUACGACGUCGGCAACUACCCCGUCUCCAACAUGUUCAGUUACGAGAUCAUCGGCGACGGCCGGCCGCACGUGGUGGAGCUCCUGCUGGACCACAAGCGGCUGACUCUGCGCGUCGACCGCGGCCAGCGCCGCUCCAUCGUGAACGACGGGCCGCAGCAGUACAUGCGCCUCAGCGCCCCACUCUACAUAGGGGGCCUGCCGCGGGCCGUCGGCGUCAGCGCCUACAGCCAGUGGCAUCUGCGCGACAUCUCCAGCUUCACCGGCUGUCUGAAGCAGCUAUACAUCGACGGCUACCUGAGCGACUUCCAGCAGACGCCGGGCCGGCGCCGCGUCAGCCCCGGCUGCUCGCGGGAGGCAGGCGGUGCGCCGCAGCAGCAGCAGCAGUCGCAGCCGGUCAACCCGUGCGAGCCCAGCCCCUGCCUCAAGGGCCGCUGCAAGCCGCAUGGUGCCGACUUCAAGUGUCGCUGUCGCCCUGGCUGGGGCGGGAAGCUCUGCGACCAGGCGCCCACCUGCCGCAAGAACACGUACAAGGAGUACGUGCGCGAGAACGCGUGCCGCUCGCGGCGGCCCGUGCGCAACGCCACGUGCGGCGGCUCGUGCAGCAACGCGUGCUGCCGGCCGCAGCGCUGGCGGACGCGCAAGGUGCGGAUGCUCUGCCAGGACGGCACCCGCUACAUCAAGCAGCUGCAGGUGGUGAAACGCUGCCGGUGCAGUCGCAAGAAGUGCGGCUGAGCGAGCGCCGCCGCCGCGCGACCGCAAGCGAACUGUUAGAUGUUGGAGACGUGUGUAUUUUGCCGGCCUAGUUAUCAUAAGCGGGGGCGCGGGGGGCGGACGUUCUGUGCCAACCGUACGUGGGGACUGACUGUCUGUGGCCGACGGCUGCCCAGGUGGUGACCUCUGGCAGCGUCCGGCGACGUCGCAUGCGUGCACACGGACUCCUAUGCAAUCUCUUCAGCACUAAAUACUUGUUCGUACUUAGCGACUGUACAUAGGACCUGAUAUUAUUAUUGAUGUUUGCGUUGUUUGCUGGAACUCGCCCGGGGUUCAGUCCAACUGGCAGUGUUAGGUUUGCGCUACUCAGCUAUGACUCUCAUACAGACUCCUGCAUCAAUUCCAUUGUGUCGGGGCUAAUAACCAUGCGCGGCUUCGUACACAGAUAUACUGCCAGGCAAAUGGCAAGUGGAACGUCUUUGUUUCAUCUUCAUUGCAUUCAUAGUCAUUAAGGACCCAGCGUUUGUGUAAUCCGGAUCUAGUGGCGGUGAACUCCAUUUUGUACUGUACAUAGGGCCGACGUCGGAUUGCCAGCAGCAACUUGGCAUGCUCUUGCUGCAAUAUACCUAUCACUGCUCCA